AUGAAGAACUCGUUUAUCUUCACGAUUGCUUUCAUCCAGAGCUCUUCAUCCCAAGGUUUCACUCAUGUGCUCCACGACGCCACGCCCGCCCUACAAGACUUGGAGUCUGGGCAGCAGCAUGCUAGUUUUGAUAAAAAUUUAAUAGAACCGCCAUCAAGACAUAUUCACAUUCCCGACUAUACCUCGACUCUUCCAUCAGAUCUUCUCCAAUCUCCAACAGGAAGUUUAAACUACUACCUGGAUUUAUUCCAUUCCAUCACGGAUGACCACCUGUUGCAAUUUGGAGCUCACCCUUUUCAUCCUGAAAGUUCUGCAGCCUUACCAACCGCAUCGUCAUCUUCAGAAUCAAUUCAUUCGAAUCAUCCACAACCUAAUCACAUUCCUACUCCAUCAGCUUCUCUGGAUGAGCUUCGAGUUGAAGAUUAUGCCACUCCAGGCUUGGUUCACUCGAACAUUGAUGAACUGUUCGAAUGGGCAACGCCUUAUCGCGGAAGCCUAGGAAGCCUACCUAUAGACACACACGCUUCAGCAAUAGAACCACCAACCUUGAAAAAUCAGCACUCCACUCAGAUUGGCACCUCACUGAGUGGGGAUGAUCAACCUGCAAGUCCGAAAUUGAAUGAGGAUCCGAAAAAUGAUCGCUUAAACCCUAAAAGAAAAGCCCUUGAAGACCCCCCUGUGGCGAACCUCAAGAAGAAGGCUAGAAAAAUUCGUGGAGAUAAUAAGACAAGUGGGAGUAAAACGAGGACAAAAUCGAAUGCCAAGACCGCCAAGCCUGUCCCAAAGCGACUAAAGCAAAAUUUAUUGAAGGAACACUUGGAGGUGGAUGGAAAUCAGGUAGCCCCUUUUGAUGGAAGAACUUUAGAUUUGGAGCGAUCUGCCUGGUUGAGCACCCUUGUUUUUCCCGGGGUAAGGAUGUGGAAGAACGGACUGCUUGAUAAAGGCGUGCUCCACAACAGUGACCUUUGGAAGAGACUCAAUAGCAACCACAGGUUUUCUGCCUAUCCGAUCUUGAUACAAGAGCUUGUUAAUUCGAGAAAGAUUCCCCAAGAAACAGUCCUCAGCAACGCGAUGGUCUUAUUGGAGGAAAUCUUCUAUCGUGAUGGUCAAUUUCUAAUACCUUUCACCCUACCCGACAUACCGAAAACAAAAUCUAAGGGCCACCCGGAACAAUAUGGCGCAAAAAGUGAAGAGAUCAUUGGAUUGAGAUCAAAAGAGCAAGAAGGACUUCUCGAAUGGUUGGUCAAAUUGUUUAACAUUGGAAUGGAAUCCGACGACAAGUUUCUUUUGAAAUCAGAUGGCAGCCCCUACCCGAUAUCAUCAAUCCAAAAAAAGAUCUUUGAAUAUCUUUCAAAAGAUCCAGAAAGUGAAGAACAAAACUCGAAGCGCUGGAUAACCAUGCCGCGAGGCAGUAAAAUAGUAGAACAGCGUGCGGUUAGCUAUGAGGAUGCGAUGAAAACUCAAGUUGCAAUUAACACUCUAGGAGAUUACUAUAAAUUUACGAAUUUCCCUAAAUGGAGGAAACUAUUCUCGAUGGAUGACCACUUUUUCAAUGUAUUUGAAUUCAUCAAGCUCAAAGAACACAAUUCAAUGGUUUCAAAGCUGAGGAAAGACGAGUUGGUUGAAUGGACCAAACUGAAAGUCUUCCCAUGGAACGAUCCGCUCAUCAGUACUGAGGAAGAUUUCAACCCAGAAGAUUUGCUCCCAAAUUUUAUAUCUAGAAUCCAAGAACGUUGGACGGGGGCUGAUAAACAUCUCGAUGUUUAUGUCAAGCAGCCUGUACCAAGGCAGCUACGCGAAUAUGCCACUGAAAUUGAUUCACCUGUGAAUCAAAUGUUUGGGUACUCAUAG